UCAGCUCAUCGCCAUCGCCAUCGCCCUCGUCCUCCCGGGAAUCCAAAGGCUUCUCCUCCUCCAUGGGAGGUGUAACUAGCAAGUGCUUCGUCUCCUCCAACAAGGAACUCAGAGCUACAAUUCUGCUACUCGAAGAAGAGAUAGAAAAGUCGAAGAGCGUCAGGCAGCAAGAGGCCUGGGAUUAUGGCCGGCGCACGGCGGAGUUCGCUGCCAAGGAGGAGGAAUGGGUGAGAGAGAGGAGGAGUCUCGCGGAGGAGGCUCUAGAGCAGGAAGCCGCGCAAAGGACGAGGCGUUUGAAGAAGUGCGAGAGUGACGGAGGAGAUGACGAGGAGUGGUGGUGCCUCGUGGAGUCCAUGAAGGAGGAGCAAAGGCAGCGGGAGGGGGCAGUGGAGAGGUGGAAGAAGCUCUAUCUCACUAUAAAGACUGAGCUUGACGACCUUAUACAAAGAACCAGCGAAGGGGAGAGAUUUAGCAGCGGAAGUGAAGAAAGAAUGGUAGAGCAGCUUCAGAAAGAGUUGAGGGAGAGCGAGAAAGAAAUAGAAUCUUUGAGAUCUCGCGUUGCGGUCAUGCAGAAGGAUGCGAUUAGGAAGGACACAGAAAUUGAUAUUUUGAGACAGAGCUUGAGAAUAUUAAGCGUUAGGAAUUCAAAAAGGAGCCUAAUCAGAGAGUUUUUGAGGGAAGAAUUGGUUGAUAUGUAAAUUAAUUAUAUGACACAGACAUCCAACAAAAGAUCUAUUGAAAUCAAGUCUACUUAUCUUUCUAUGAAUACCACUUUCCCCUCUUU